AUGGAAGCUUUUGGCCUUGUUUCAGCCGCAGCGGGCGUCGCUUCCUUCGGCAUCACGGUUUGUGAAGGCCUGCUGACAUACUACAGCUCUUGGAAAGACGCCUAUGACACGGUCCGCUCGAUGUAUGAAAACAUCGAGGCACUGGCCAAGACGUUUGUCAUUCUCGAGCGCACCAUUUCUAAUCCCACACUCAGUGAGGCUGCAAGACAUAGAGUUGAAGAGAGCAUCGAGUCCUGCCGAAAAGGUAUUGCAGCAUUACGCAAGAAACUCGAUAAAAUCGAGAAGAGCUCUGCGCAGCAGAGCUGGAAAGAACGGACUUGGGUCAGGAUCAAAGGAACAAUAUAUCCCUUCAAAGAGAGCACUUUGCUCAAGCUCAAGGAAGGCUGUAUAGAACUCCGCCAUGACGUGGGCCUUGCCCUUGCCACGCUACAGAUCAAUACUUCUGUGAGGUCUUUAGAUAAGCUCGCGGCUUUCGACGAAAGAAUGUUCGAAGUGCCUAACAAUAUCGAAACAAUUCUCGGCAAUAGUAACGUAUUGCUUAACCAUAUGGAGAAUUUGGUAGCUUCGGGGAAAAGUAUUCUACAUCUUCUUGUGUUAUUUUCCCGUAGUGUUGUCGUUAAUUUGCUAAUUGCCACCAAAGGCGAGGUUCUAACGAAGAUAUGCGACUGGCUGUCUCCACUUGCUGGGGACUUCGAACGUAGACAGCAAGAGCUUUCAAGCACUCUAGAUCGCCAAGAAGGUAUGGCACGGUGGCUUUUUAAUACAUCUGAGUUCAAAAGUUGGAUUCAUGAUACGGGAACAGCCCUGUGGUGUACAGGAAUGCGUGAGUAUCGCAACCACCGCCUAGCAGGCUUGUCACUAACGACGUUCCAAGAUGGCAUUGGGAAGUCCGUUUUAGUCUCUUUCGUAGUAGACAUCCUUCACCAAGCCAGGGCAAGCGAGGGAGUGGGUGUUGCGUAUAUUUAUUGCAAUUACGAGGAGGCUCACCGGCAAUCACCCAGUAACCUCAUUGCCGCCCUCCUCCUCCAAUUUGUUAUUCAACAAAAUACGGUUUCGGAAGAUUUACUGUCGCUAUACGAGCACCACAUGAAGAACAAAACACGGCCACUAUUGAACGAAUACUUGCGCCUCCUUCAAGACACUAUAGCCGAGUUUUCGAAAGUACUUUUGAGAAGCCACUUAAAGAAAGAUCCAAGUUUACACAAAAGGAUCAUCAGGAACAUCCUGCAAAAGACACGGAGCAUGUUCCUUCUUGCGCGGCUAUACAUUGAAACCUUGACACGAUUGAUUACCCUUCGAAAAGUAAAAUCAGCUUUGAACACCUUACCAGAUGGACUGGAAAGUAUGUACCACAGCGUCAUGGUACGGAUACACGGGCAGGACACUGAGCUGGUCACGCUAGGACUAAACGUCCUCGGCUGGAUAUACUAUGCGAAACGCCCACUCACUCUCAUCGAGCUACAGCAUGCUCUAGCGGUUGAGCCUCGGGAUACGUUCCUGGAUGAAGACGGCAUGCCCGAUAAGGAUCUACUCACGUCCGUAUGCGGAGGACUAUUGUCUGUGCAAGAUGGAGAGACGGUGGCCUUCAUACAUUAUACGGCCCAGGAGUUCUUUGACGUACAUAAGGAUCACUACUUGAAAGGAGCAAGAUUGAAUAUGGCUCAGACGUGUCUAACUUAUUUGUCCUUCGAUGCGUGGUCCACCGGAGCAUGUACUACCGAUGGUGCAUUUGAGUCACGCCUAAAAGAAUAUCCUUUUUUAGAAUAUGCAUCAAUCCACUGGGGAGUCCAUGCGGAUCUUGAAGGGGAGCUUUCCACGGAUAUAGAAAAGCUCGCAGUCAAGACUAUUUGUUCCCGCAAGUACAAGACAAAUUAUGUUGGAUACAGUCAGGAAUUCUCGAUCAGUACCCCCGGCUUGGUACUCGCAUCCGCGUUUGGGUUGAAGAGGAUUGGAUCAUUGUUGCUACAGCAUGAUGCAGACAUCGAAGACGAAGAUGCGCGCGGCUUAAGGCCAAUCCAUCAAGCUUUAUGGGAAGGUCAUGAUGCAAUGGUCCAGUUUCUUAUAAAUGAGGGGGCAGACUGUGAAAUACCCAUCGGAUCUCACGAACCUCCACAACAUUCGUCUUUGGUCAUGCAAGGUGCGCCUGUCCAUCUGGCUUCCAUCAAAGGAAACGAGCUCGCGGUGGACCUGCUACUUGCCAAAAGUGUCAAUGUGAAUGCACAUUUAGAAAAUGGCUGGACAGCAUUACACAUGGCGGCGGCCAAUGGUCAUAGUUCUGUUGUAAGCCUCCUGUUGAGAAAUGGUGCCGAGGUGAAUGCUACAGAUAGCGCUGGUGGGACAGCGAUAUACCGAGCCGCUGAGACGGGACAAGAUGGCGUCAUCAAGCUUCUCGUCCAGCAUAAAGGCAAUGUCAACAUGAGAACAAAGCUGGAACAGACCCCAUUACUCCGUGCCGCAGAAAAUGGUCAUGGGGCUGCAGUGACGCUCUUGCUUGAAAGCGGAGCGGACUGGAAAAUCAAAGACUUUUUGGGCUGGACACCCUUGUACAGAGCACAAGAUCACGGCCACGAUGAUGUCGAGAAGCUCCUGAAAAAAUGGAUCAAAGAGCAUCGUGAAAAAGGUCAAGCCAAACAGGACAGUAUGGCAUUACGAGGUUGAAACAAGG